GGAAAGUAUCUGCUCCGCUGAGGGGGGAAAGGAGGAGCAGGAGACAGAUUGUGGGACCGAGCGCGGGCGGGCGGGAGGCGCCGGAGCUACCAGCGGGUGAGUCCUGUUAACAUUAGCUAGUCCGUGGCCUGACAGGAGUCUCCCCUUCUACUCUGGCCAGUCCCAGCGUCCCGGGCCGGGGUCUCCCCUCCCAGUCUGUUGGACGGGGGCGCUGAGGCGGUGGCCAGGCCUGUCUGAGGAAGAGGGUGGGGCAUAGGCUAAAGACAACCAAUAGGAGAGAAGGAAGCCACAAUUGGCGGCCAUGAGCGCUAAUGGGAGAUCGCCUUUACCUUGCGGAGUGCCGCCCUCUUCUCUUCUCCCGCCUCCUUCCUUUUGGAGGAAGGCGGGGCCAGAGGACUGAAGUGUGGGGAGAACUUGGGCUCUGCUCUGCUUUAUGAAAUAUGGGAGACGACAGACCGUUUGUGUGCAGUGCCCCAGGCUGUGGACAGAGAUUUACAAAUGAGGACCACCUGGCAGUUCAUAAACAUAAGCAUGAGAUGACCCUGAAGUUCGGCCCGGCCCGGACGGACUCUGUCAUCAUUGCAGAUCAAACACCUACUCCAACAAGAUUCCUGAAGAACUGUGAGGAGGUGGGGCUCUUCAAUGAAUUAGCUAGUUCCUUUGAACAUGAAUUUAAGAAAGCUUCUGAUGAUGAUGAAAAAAAGAGUGCUGCUGGGCCUCUAGACAUGUCUCUGCCUUCUACACCAGACAUCAAAGUCAAGGAGGAAGAGCCAGUGGAGGUGGACUCAUCACCCCCCGACAGUCCUGCUUCCUGCCCCUGCUCCCCGCCACUGAAAGACAAGGAAGUUGCCACAAAACCUGUUGUGAUCUCUACCCCUACACCCACCAUCGUACGUCCUGGCUCCCUGCCUCUGCACUUAGGUUAUGAUCCACUUCAUCCAACUCUUCCUUCCCCAACCUCUGUCAUCACACAGGCUCCACCAUCCAACAGGCAAAUAGGAUCUCCUACUGGCUCCCUCCCUCUCGUCAUGCAUCUUGCUAAUGGACAGACCAUGCCAAUGCUGCCAGGGCCUCCAGUACAGAUGCCUUCUGUUAUUUCGCUGGCCAGACCUGUUUCCAUGGUGCCCAACAUUCCUGGUAUACCUGGCCCACCAGUUAACAAUAGUGGCUCUAUUUCUCCCUCUGGCCACCCUAUGCCGUCAGAAGCCAAAAUGAGACUAAAAGCCACAUUGACCCACCAAGUUUCUUCAAUCAAUGGAGGUUGUGGAAUGGUGGUAGGCACUGCAAGCACCAUGGUGACAGCCCGUCCAGAGCAGAACCAGAUCCUCAUCCAGCACCCGGAUGCCCCAUCCCCUGCCCAGCCACAGGUGUCUCCAGCUCAGCCCACCCCUAGCACAGGGGGACGGCGUCGGCGCACAGUGGAUGAAGAUCCAGAUGAGCGGCGGCAGCGAUUUUUAGAGCGGAACAGAGCUGCAGCCUCCCGAUGCCGCCAAAAGCGAAAGCUGUGGGUCUCCUCCCUGGAAAAGAAGGCAGAAGAACUUACUUCUCAGAACAUUCAGCUGAGUAAUGAAGUCACAUUACUACGCAAUGAGGUGGCUCAGUUGAAACAGCUACUGUUAGCUCAUAAAGACUGCCCAGUCACUGCACUACAGAAAAAGACUCAAGGCUACCUAGAAAGUCCCAAGGAAAGCUCAGAGCCAACGGGUUCUCCAGCCCCAGUGAUUCAGCACAGUUCCGCAACAGCCCCUAGCAAUGGCCUUAGUGUUCGAUCUGCAGCUGAAGCUGUGGCCACCUCGGUCCUCACUCAGAUGGCCAGCCAAAGGACAGAACUGAGCAUGCCCAUACAGUCACAUGUGAUCAUGACCCCACAGUCACAGUCUGCGGGCAGAUGAUGCCUCCCAUGAUGGAGAGGUCCCCAGCCAGAGCUCGCCAGCCUGAGCCAAAAGAGAGAUCAACUUAUCCCUCCUGUCUGCCUUGGAAUUGGCAGUAUGGAGAGGGAGAAAUUGUGUGUUGUGAGUAUGGACAGAUGUGGGGCUUUUCUCUUUAGCCACAUGAUCAUGUACAAUUAACACCUGUACAACGGGCUUUUGGCCCCAAAGCCACAUAGAUCAUCCCCCAAGGGUAGGGUUUCUUAUGAUCCUACAACCAAAGGCCUUUCCACAUGGUCUGAGCAAUCACCCCAGCCCUGAUGCAUGUGUGCCUCUCUUAACACUAACCCUUGCACUUGUAGGUUUGGGGUUUCUCAGUGUCCUCUCCUCCCCUUGAGCUGUGGCUGAUACCUUCUUAUCUCUUACUAGCAUGCCACUUCCUGCCAGAUAGAGGGAGACGAGAUUUGAUGGCGUGUUACUUGCUGUCCCAUCCCCAGCCACCCCAUGCACUCAGGACUUUGUCCCCAACAGCUGCUUAUUUGUCUCUUCCCCUUCUAAGCGACAGUGAAAACACUCACUUGUUGAGAAUGUAAUGCAUUUAAUGUGUGAGGUAGCAGUGCUUCCCGCCUCUUCCCUGGGCUCUACUCCUGUCUGCUACCAAAAACAAACACAGACAGAAAAAGCAAAACUCUGAGAGUUUGAAUCAUUUUUCAGUUCCAAAUCUAUCGGUACCUCAUUUCGUCUCUUGACUUUCCUUAGUCUAGUGGUGGGGUCUUUCCUACUUCCCCACUCUGCCUUGGAAACCUCAUCUUGUGGCCUUAUUGUUAGUGGCAAUGAAAAGGGAGAGAGCCGGGGAUCUAACUGGGCCUCCCUGUCUCCUUCCCUACCCUCCAGUUCUAAUCAUCAGGGCAGACAGGAACAGUGUAACUUAAACUUGUUCCAUCAGGUUACUGGAUUAACUGAUUCUUUUAUGUUUUACAAGAGUUUACUGGCCAAAGUCUACAUAUUGUCAUCUUUGGUCACCUGUGCUCCUGCCUCUCCACCCUGCUUCCCUGUCCAUGUCACUGCCUGUUUCCACUAGAAUUUCUUUAGCUCAGCCCUCCUCAGAGUUGUCAGACAGAAGCUGCCUUCAUUCUCUGUCCCUCCUGCAGCUCUCAGCCUCCCUUCUUUCCUAAGGUAUGUCUUGUACCCACCAGUGUCCAGCACUCUCCCAGCUACCUUCUCUUUUUUUCACCUGGUUCUUGGCUGACCCACUAGGUGUCUCUAGUACUGAAAUCUUGUUGAACUUGUCCAUGGUACAGGCUCCAGGGCUCUGAAGCAUCAUGAUUGAGAUCAUGGGUGCUUUUGACGUAAAACUGAGUGGAGAUAGGAGGUGUACAUUUUCCUAUGUAUAAUCUCAGCAGAGCACUCAGGAUUCAGCCUGUCUGUGAGAUUGCUGUCUGUGGCUGUUGACUGCCCUUAUUUCAUGGGUUACAGAGAGAAAGAUGUACCCCUCCUCUUCCUCAUCUUUCCUUGGCUCUGAGCUAUGCAGGCUCUUCCAGAGCCAGAGGCCUGUGGAUAGAUAGGUCAGCUUUAAUAGCUCUUGAGUUGAGAAUCCUCCCCGUUGUCCUAGAACCACCUUGUGCCAUCUGCUCAAGCCUAGAGUCCUCUUUUCUAGCUCCAUCUUAACUAUGCAGAAUAACUGUUUGCUUCCUUUUUUUGUCUUCCAAAAUUCACUGUCAUGGAGGGAUGAGGAAAUGUUGUAGCUUAUAUGAUUAUUUCUUCAGUUUAGACUAGUGAACCCAUCCUGUGAUGUACUUGUAUGUUUUAUGUAGAUUUCCCUCCUGUUCUUUAGAGUCAGUGCUGAACAGGCUAUACCCAGUAAAAAUAGGAGCUGGUUUUAUAGUCUUCUACCACAGGGACUUAGCAGGAACAGCCCCUGAGGUGACCAGGCUAGCAAAUGUCACAGCAGAUGGUUGAGGGCAGGUUACCAUCUCCAGGGGUUUCACUUGGCGUUAGAAACUUACAGCCAUAGUUUGAGCUCAGUACUUCUUUAGAUGGCUGCUUCCUGGGAUUUUUUAUUUUUUUUAUUUUUUGUCUUCUUUCCCACUUAUGAAUUUUGUUUCUUUCUUUCUUUUUUUUUUUUUUUAAUUGUCUUGACUGCCCAGUAGCAGCCUUACACUAAAGCAUGGCUGAGCUUAGAGCUCCCAAGGGGUCUUAGCAGACCCUUAGCUAUUUCUCUUCCUCCGUCAGUCAAGUGUCUAAGUCGGGGUAACCUACCAGCCUGUCCUGGGUCUCAUGUCUAGUAUAUGUGGAGGUUCUUUUCCAGUUUCUUAACCCUCAUGUCUGCUUCUCUUGAGUCUUUGUUUUCUUAGCAGGAACUUAGUACUGGGGACCUGAAUGAUGCAGGGCACCACCAGAACCAUCGUAGGAAAGCAGCACUGAAAUUAGGCACAGCAGGACAACCCCAGAUGCCUCAGUAGUUGGUUUUCAGUUUCAGAAAGCAAAGCAGCUGCUCAUGCUGCAGCUUCCCUUACAGUCAAGGGAGACGGUACCUGCACUGUCAUCACUGUCAGUGGUCACCGCCUUGACCAAUGCCUUCCACACUUACCUGAACCAGAACCAGAUACUAUAGAGGGUAUCAAUUAACCCUUUUUGACAUCUGUGAUGUGUCAUAGAGGGUUCUCUGGUCAUGUCUACUUGGGGUUCUAUAUGCCUCUUGUGUUUGGAUGUCAAUUCCUGUCUCUAGGUUUAGGAAAUUUUGUGAUAUAAUUUCAUUAAAUAAUUUGACUAAUUCCUUUUGAAUUUAUCUCAGAUUCUCCUUCUUCCCAGUGGGUUCUGAGGUCUUUAAGUAUAUCCCAAGCUUCUUGAAAAUACUGGUCAUGCGCUCUCGCUCUCUCUCUCUCUCUCUCCCUCUCUCCCUCCCCCCCCCCCGUGUGUGUGUGUGUGUGUGUGUGUGUGUGUGUGUGUGUGUGUGUGUGUUGUCUCAACUUUGUGCUCCUCUGCAGAACUGCAUGGUCUUAUCUCUUGGGGAGGCUUUUCACUUGGUUGUUUCUUUCAUGUUAAUUUCUGUCUCGUUCCUUUUCCAUGUUUGAAUGCCCUCACUAAAAUCUCCCUCCAUGUAUCUGACUUUCUCCUCCAACUUACCUACUGUUUUGUUCAUUUAGGAGGUUUUAUAUACAGUCCCUAGUUCACUCAUGUGUAUUUGAGACUUCUACUCUGAAUUCUUUCUCAGACAUCUCAGUACCUUUGGUUUUCAUUAGGAGAGGUUUGUAGUGUGUCCUGGUCCGCUGUUGGCCCAUGUUCUUUGUCCUUCUCUAUGGUGUUUUGUACAUCAGUCAGGAUGGAUAUGUCCUCCAGUUUUAACUCUUCUUCCCCAACUCUGUUUUGUUUUAUGUAAUUGAGCCCUUCUUCAGAGCUCUAUCAGGAAGGAGCUGAGAGCGAUGUCUUAGACCCAUGAGUGGUCAGAGGCCUGGUCUGUGCUCUUACCGCCCACUCCAUAUAACACAGAGUGUUCAGAGUUCCAGUGCCAGGAAGCCUCCCAAAACACAGGGAGAGCUAGAAAGGACAUGGCUCCUUCACUCCCUUCCUGUUGGCUGAAUACGCCAAAUCUGUCCACCUCUUUCCUCCACUCCUGUCCAUGGUUAUAAACAGCAGACCACAUAUUAAAGGGAGCUGUGCUGGUGAACCUUGCCUCCUGCCUGCCUUUCCUCUCCCAUCUCCUCAGGGACCUGCCCUCCAGUACAGUCAUCCUGAGAGAUAUAACUAUACUUUUUACAGCCUGAACCACCAAAGAGACACAACACACAAUUCUUCCUCUGGCUUCUGAGAGGCUCCUUAAAGGUGCUAACUCCUGAGAUCACUCUCCCCAGUGUGUCCCCUUUCAUAACUGUCUUCCCAUCCUCAGAACACAUUUCCAAUAAUAUUAUCGAUUGUACCCACCAAAAAGAAAUAUGUACUUCUUUUGAAAAGAAAAUGGUAGUCUGUCUAGACUCAUCUUGCAGCUAUGCCACACAGGCCUUUGUUGAUGUGCUUUCUCCUCUUUAGACAUGUUUGACCAGGGUGGGAGCUGUGGUAGGAUAGGACUGGUGAGGAUCCUAAGACCUAUCAGAAGACCCCACCCCACUCCAGUCCAACUAGACAUUCUUCCUACAGAGUCUGUUUCUGUCUAUAUACAUGCACAUGCACAUGCACAUGCACAGACAAAUCUCCUACUCCACCAGAGUGGUGACCACAGGAAUGAGCUCAGUGCUUGCUGGCCACAUCCCCACCUUCUGCACCUUUAAGGUAAAAUCCUACGCUAGAAUGAACAAAGGCUUGUGAAAGUAGGGCAGAUUAAGGCAGCUUAUAUCCUUGUAGGUGCAAGUUUCUAUUUCAGCUACUAGAUGUUUUGGUUUUGUUUUGUUUUUUAGAGCUGGUAGGCUAUAAGCCAGCUAUAAGGCAUUAGUUGUUAAGUAGCUGUGAGCACUGUUUCCUUGACUUCACCUUAGGGCAGUUGCUUUCAGAACAUGGUCCAGGAGCAACAGUAGCAGCAACAUCACCUAGAGAGCUUGCUAGAAAUGCACACUCUUUGUCAUCCCAACCUCCUGAGUUGGCCACUCUGAAGGUGAGCUUUAACUAGCAGUCUCUGCUGCUGGUCCAUACUAAUGUGUGAGCAUCCCUAGAAGACAGACUGGGAACAUCUUAGCUCUGUGGUGACACGGAUUACUUUAAAUGCCUUUUCUGCCUUAGAAAUGAUGUUUUCCCUUCCCUCCACUUCCAUUAAAACAGCCACCAACAAUAUCACUCACCUCAAAUUUUUGGUCUUCCUUCUAGUCUUAAGCUCUAAAACAUUUGCCUGUAUUGGUCUGGGCAGAACUUACUCUUAUUUCCUUGCAGGCUACUAGUUGUGCAUUCUUGGUGACAUUAACCAGCAGGAAGGCCAGGAGUGGUGGUGGCCCAAGCCUUUGAUCCCAGCACUUGUGAGGGAAGUGAGGGAAGCAGAUCUCUUUGUGGUCAAGACCAGCCUGGUCUACAGAGGGAGUUCAAAGCCAAUCAUAGCUAUGCACUGAGAUCCUGUCUCAAAACAAACAAAAUCAGCAGAGCCUUAGUUGUCCAUUCUUUCCUCUGCGCGCGCGCGCACACGCACACGCACACACACACACACACACACACACACACACAUCUCUUGCAGGAAGAUUAGCCUCCAACCCAACAGUGGAGCCUUCUGCAUCCUGAUAGAGUGUAUGUUGAGAAGAAAGCCAUGUGUAUCUAUGAAUAUAUCUCUCCUGUAUCCUUUGACUUGUAGCAAUACCUCUCCAUCCUCAAGGAGCUCAACCUAGGCUGGGUCUCCCCAGGCCCCAGUGGUAGACUCUGAUGGGUGGGAGGAUACAGUGCUCUGGGCUGUUUUGUUACAAAAGUGUCUUCUGUCCUUUCCCCCCACCCAAUUCAGCAUGAACCCUGUGAGCAGGCUCUCACAAUCUCCUGGGGCGGGGCUGAGGCAGGGGCUUUCAGCUCUUCUCCAUAACCAUCCCUUCUUCCUUCCCCCAUGCCAUUUAGCAGUUAUCACCCAGCCUUGCCUUCUCCCUCCAUCCUUUGCCCUGACAUAUACUGUGCCUUAUUUAUGCUGCAAAUAUAACAUUAAACUAUCAAGAGAA